GGACCAGCAGCGUCAUUGUAGCGUAGAACGCGGACGUCCCCCGUCGUACCCAAUCGCCGUUGACGUAGGCAUUGGCUUGCCAACAGCUGUCUUUGAACAUUGUCAGUGCUUGUAGUGCCGAUGUGCCGUCCGGAUCGAUUCUCGCGACACGCUGCGAUCGAAUUUUUUUGUUGUUGUUUUGUAAUGUUUGUGUAUUUAUAAAAUAUAAUUCUUCGUGUUUACAUUAAUUAGUGUGUUUGACUAUUGAUCGAUUCCCCGUGUGUCUUGUACUAUUGCCCUCCCCUGCGUGUGUGAGUUCGUGUGAUGCGUCAGUGUCCGUUUAGAAAGACUUUUUUCCGAUCGUGCACUUUGAACAUUUUUCGGGUACCUACGCGUGCCGGCGUAUCCGUCUGCCUUCGCAGAAUGUCAAUUUAUUCUCAAUGUAACAUGCAGAUAUUAUAAACUGGUUUGAAAUAUUAUCAUAAACACGAAAUAAAAUGGGUUCUAAAUUGAAUAGUGAAAAGGAGAACAAAAUUGCUAAUCACGGAGAACAUUCCGAUUUCUAUACAAUAAGAAUUAAGUAUAGGAACAAUGGACCUAGUUUUGUGGAAGAACCUUUAAAUUCUAUAAAUUUGGGUUCCCCAAUCAAUUUAAAUGGAUUGAAAAAUUAUGCUAGAAAACUACCAGAUACUACAGAGGAGGAGCAUACCUUUGGACUGAACCAAAGAUACCCUAAACGGAGGAAAAUAGAACAUUACCAAGAGGAACUACUCAAGAAUAAUUUCAUAGGACCAUUUAGUUCUGAACAUCUAACUAUCAUUUCUGUUAAUAACUUCCGUACACUUAAGCUUAAACCUGAAUGUUAUAAAACUAAACAUAAAACUAAACAUUAUAAAUCUCCAUUCUUAUUUCCAAAAUUACAUCCAGAGGUUGUUUUAGAUUUUAUUAAACAGCCAUCAAUAAUUAAACUCAGGAAACUAUUGGAUUUAAUGCAUACUGAAUCUAUAUACUAUCUCAAACACUCAAAUGAUUUGUCAAACCGUGAACAAAGUUGGCGAAUAUCUAAGGAACUUAAAAAAUAUUUAAUUGAAUUAUGUUAUCAAAAAUUCUGUGAAUUAUGGCUGAAUAAAACACCAAAUACAUCAAUAUUAUCAGCGAAACAACUGAAUCGAUUUAUCCGUUCUAUACUUAGACAUACAAGAUGCAGAACAACUACAUGUACCAUGAAUUUAAAAAAAUUAAUAUUAUACAAUGGAGGUUUUACAGGGUAUCCGAAAAAACCUCUCUUAGUUCUAUGUAUUAAUAUUAUUUGUUACGUCUUCACUACUUUAUUGAGGAGAAGUUCUAGAAUAAUCUCUAAGGAGAAUAAAAAAAAGUUAAAUUCCAAGAAUUAUAAUAAAGUUGAAAAACUUUCUAUCAAACUCUAUGAAAAAGGCACAACAAAGAAAAAAUCUUUCUUAGAUAUUGUUAAGGAAUAUAAACAAAUAUUGAAAACCGAUAGACUCAAUUUUUAUCAAGUAGCUGACGUAAAGUAUGCUUAUGAACGCAUUUUAGAACCAGGACAAUACAUAACAAAAGAAGAUUUAGAUACAUGCGCGAAUGAAAAUUACAGGUUUAAAAUAAACCAAAACAUUAGUUUUGAUGAGAAUAAUGAUGACUUUGAAGAUGAUAUUGAUGAUAUUGAUGAUAUUGAUGAUAUUGAAAGUACACCUUUUAAAUUUGAACAUAGUCUUCUUGAGUAUGUUAAAAAUGUCCAACCUAAUAAUUAUUUUGGGCACCAAUAUGAUAAGAAAUAUGGGGCCAUAGAAGCAAUAGAGAGAGAAGUUCAUAUCCAAAGUACUUCCAAAGAAGACCAUAUUAUUAAUAUGGACAUUUCUACUGAAAAUGGUCUUCUUGAGUAUGUUAAAGAUGUCCAACCUAAUAAUUAUUUUGGGGUCCAAUAUGAUAAUAAAAAUGGGGCCAUAGAAGCAAUAGAGAGAGAAGUUCAGAUCCAAAGUACUUCCAAAGAAGACCAUAAUAUUAAUAUGGAUAUUUCUACUGAUGAUUUAGAGGAAACAAUUUCUACAAAUUAUUCAGGAGCAGGAACUUCUUCUGAGAAUUUAGGACUAGAAAGAUCUACAAAUACUUUGGUAAAGAUAAAAAAUAGUUCAAACAAUUAUUCAAAAGUAUGUGAAAGAUUUAUAUAUAAAUUAUUAUCAAAUCCAAUAACAUUAACUAAAUCAGAAAAAAGAAUGUUAAGAACUAUUGUUUUUGCAGACAUGAACCCAUAUAAAGUUAAGUGGAAAAGGUGGAAAUCUUCUGAAAGAACAAGAUUAUUUCAAAUUAUUGUAUAUUUCGGAAGUUUGAAAAUGGGACUUUGUGAUAAGCUUCACUUGGACCUUCUGGAUUUAAAAGGAAAAUAUAUAUGUGAUAUGAUAGAUAUCGAAAAAUUAUUUAAAUCAAUACAAGUUGAAUCCUGCGUUUUGGAAGAAUAUUUUACUUUUACAGAAGUAGAAAAUUUUUUAAUUUGGCCAUUGGGUAAAAUGAUUGUUAAUAAUAUUAUUUCACAAAGGAGUCCAACUAUUAACAUUUUAUUUAGCUUUGUUAAAAAAAUCCUUAAUGAAAUCUGCGAAAGAGUAAAAGAUUUUUGUCGCAGUACUGGAAUAAGAAUUGUAUUGAAUAAAGAAUCUCUUUUUGAGAGUUUAUCUAAUGUCCGGAUAGCAAAAGACGUCUUUACUGAGCUAUCACUGAAAUAUGCAAAUAUUCAUACUUAUCCAUCAACAUCCGAUAAUGACGAAUUUUCAAAUGAUGCGCCAGGAACAUCAAACUUGGAACAUUUUUGUAUCACAAAUACCGGGUUUUGUAUUAAGAAAAACAGCUCAAAUGAAGAUAUAUGUAAGAGUAUGGUUAAUAUUCUUAAAUCAGAUGAUUCUAUUCGUCAGUCUUGGAAAGAUUGUAAUAAUUUUCGUAGGUUUAUAUCCAAGCUUCUGAAAGCUGGUGUCACAUUGCCAAUAAAAGAAAGCAAUACUGGACAAGGUUCAAAAUUUGUUGAAGUAUAUGUAAGAUGGUUUUGUGAAGAAUAUCUUGAAGAUGAUAAAUUUUAUAAAUUGGCAGUAAGUAUCUUGAAAAAUAUUUUUCUUUAUAUUGAUACUGCAAGUGGAUGUACAGACAUUAAUGUUGAAGAUGCAAUUAAUAAUGCGUUAAUGAUAUUGUAUGAUCAACCUUGUUUUGCAAAGGUUUAUGAAUCGUAUCUUAAUACCAAAUACCUUAAGUGUUUGUCUAGUUCAAAACAUGACAGUAAUAAUGAUACGGAAAACCACAGUGAUUACAAAGGUGUCAAUAUAAGAGCUAUUGAAGUACUGAAAAUUGAACCAAAUGUAAAUGUUCAAACGGACCCGAUAGACACCAAUAAUGUUGAUAUGUCACUUGUUCCUAGCAAUAUACCCACAUCUAAUGUAUUUGAUGUUUUAAAUAAUGUAACAAUUAAAAAUUUAGUUACUCCAGAUCUUCAAUCUAUAAAUUACGACAUAAACGACCCGAUAGACACCAAUAAUGUUGAUAUGUCACUUGUUCCUAGCAAUAUACCCACAUCUAAUGUGCUUGAUGUUUUAAAUAAUGUUACAAUUAAGAAUUCAUUUACUCCAGAUCUUCAAUCUACAAAUUAUGACAUAAACGAUCCGAUAGACACCAAUAAUGUUGAUAUGUCACUUGUUCCUAGCAAUAUACCCACAUCUAAUGUGCUUGAUGUUUUAAAUAAUGUUACAAUUAAGAAUUCAUUUACUCCAGAUCUUCAAUCUACAAAUUAUGACAUAAACGAUCCGAUAGACACCAAUAAUGUUGAUAUGUCACUUGUUCCUAGUAAUAUACCCACAUCUAAGGUGUAUGAUGUUUUAAAUAAUGUUACAAUUAAGGAUUCAGUUACUCCGGAUUUUAAAUCUACAGAUUAUGACAUUAAUUGUGAUUUUCUUCUUCAAAAUCUUAUAAAUGAAAAUUCUAAUAAUUUGAUGGAAAAUAUUUGUGUUAUUGAUGAUGGUACUGAUAUAUUUAAUAAUCCUGAUACUGUCAUGAUGGAUAUUGAUGAUCCUAAUUAUAAUAAUAUUCCUGGCUUUAAUGAGUUUAAUGAAGAUAGUCCAUUUGAUGAUGCAAUUCCAACAACAGUUAUGUCACUGGACUAUAAUUUGUCCAAUGGUAUAUUAGAGUCUGAUAACUUAGAAUUUCAACAAACCAAGAAUACAGAAGAAAUUGCUCAAGUACCAAUAAACUCAAUUGAUCCAUUUAUUUUUUUUGGAGAGAAGGAAGAAGAGAUAAACUUACAACUUCAAAGAGCCAAGAACAUGGAAGAAGUUUCUAUGAUAUCCUCAGAUCAACUUGUUCAUUUUGACCAGAACGACGAAAUUAACCUUAAUGAUGUGGAGACAGAUAUUGACAAUUAUGGUUUUUACAAUGCUGGUGUACUAUUGCCACCUUAGAAGUGAAUGCUAUCAGAUACAUCAAACAUAGUUUGAAAAAAUUGUUUAUAUAAAGAUUAAUUAAAAUAUGUCAGUAUGCUUUUGUUAGUUAGUUAAUAAUUUUUAAUUGUUUAUUAUGAAAAAGUUAACUUUACUUUUACUAUCUUUGUUCUAAUUAUUGAAUGUGUUGUUUGAAAUGUGAAUAAAAUAAAAUAAUAAUCGAUUAUUUUAUAAACAUUUUUUUUUUGUUAAUAUAAAUUUUAAAGUAAUAUUUAAAUGUGUACAAAUGU